CCCAUGAGCUGGCGCCCCAUCUCAUAAGCGCCACACUCCAUUUCAGGUCAAGGGGCCUAGCGCAUCUGCAAUCCGGAGCCGGAGCCGGAGGGGCCGGAAGCCGUGUUUUGAAUGCUCGCAUGUAUAAAUACGCACAUAGUCACACACUGAAGGCAAGAAGCGCUCCAAAGAUGGGGUUAAGUCUUAGCUGGGCUGCGUUGGUCCUCGCCGCGACACUGCUUGUGGUAGCAGAUGCGCAGCGGCAGAGCGGCCUCUACACCAACUUCCCAUUCUGCAAGUGCGUGGCGCGCGGGCGAUACUCCCUCGACCGUGUAGUGGACUCCGUUGGCGCUGGCCAGUACUGCUUCACCAUUCGCGUACAGACGCCAGCAGGAUGCAACGGAUACUGCUGCACGCAGGCAGACAUGCACAAGCUUGAGUUCCAUGCUCAGCCCCAGUGCGACAUCAACAACGGCGCCUCCGUGUCCGCCACAAUCAAUGGCGUUCCCACACGCGUCGGCCCCGCCUACGACCAGCCGCCUGACGGCCCCCCCGGCGGCACCAUCCUGCGCCUGACGCAGCUGGGCCUCACGGCCGCCACCGCCAACGGCGCCCGCCUGUGCAUCAAGCUGACGGCUGGGCGUAACGGCACCGGCUGCGGCACCCUCGAGCAGAUGUGUGUGCCUCCGGCCGGCAGCCCCCCCGGCGUGUGCACUGCAGCCAUCUUCGACAGCGGCAACGGCUGCUGUCCUCAAGUCCAGGCCGGCACACCGUCACCUCCCUCGCCCCUGCCUCCCUCCCCCCGGCCUCCCUCGCCGAAGCCGCCUUCGCCCCCUCCUCCUCCGGGCCCGCCUCCCCCGAGCCCUGCGCCCCCUUCGCCCUCGCCCCCAUCUCCUCCGCCCCCUUCCCCACAGCCCCCCGUACCGCCGAGCCCAGCGCCUCCCACUCCCCCGGGCCCCCCUCCUCCAAGCCCCGCGCCGCCCAACCCGCCGCCCCCGCCUUCGCCUGCCCCGCCCUCUCCCAAGCCCCCUAGCCCGGAACCUCCGAGCCCACCUCCUCCGCCUUCGCCCGAACCGCCCUCUCCCAAGCCGCCCUCGCCAGAGCCUCCCAGCCCUCAGCCUCCGCUUCCGCCUCCCCCUCCUUCCCCCUACCCGCCCUCGCCCUCUCCCCCCUCCCCUCCCCCGCCUUCUCCCCCGCCUCCCUCGCCUGCGCCGCCCUCCCCGGCACCGCCGUCGCCACCUCCGCCUUGUGAGGUGUGCCUGCAGCUGUCCAUCACCGCCUUCCCCGCGCCCGAGUCCUUCCCGCCCUUCCGCCUGCCGGUCAGCCUGUGCGACUCGCUGCUGGCACAGCUCAACGCCACCAUCACCGCCAGCGGGGUGACCGUGCUGUCGCCGUUCGUGGCCACCGCCUGCUCGCCCAACACCGUGCGUGUGUGCGGCGUCUUCUUCUCCGGCGCCGAGGCCUCCGAGAAGCUACAGCCGCUGGUGGGCGGGCUGCUCGACAGCGCCCUUGCUACAGCCCUUGGUGGCGGCUGCAGCGGUGCUUCUGCCGGCUACACGCUUGGCGCGUCCAUCUUCGGAGUGAACGGCUCCCCGGACUGCCUGGCAGGAGAGCGCGAGCUCACCUGCGCCUUCCUGCCGCCCAGCCCGCUGCCACCAUCGCCGGCGCCUCCCUCGCCUCAGCCCCCGCUGCCCCCGCCGCCGCCUUCCCCUUACCCGCCCUCGCCUGCCCCUCCCGUCCCGCCUUCGCCUCCUCCGCCGUCUCCCUACCCGCCCUCGCCUGCCCCUCCUGCACCGCCCUCGCCUCCUCCGCCUCCGCCCCCUCCGCCUCCGCCCCCUCCUCCUCCGCCACCGUUCCCUCCCCCCGCGCCGCCGUCGCCUCCUCCUCCGCCCUCUCCUCCCCCUCCUUCGCCUGCGCCACCUAGCCCCCAACCGCCGUCGCCUCCGCUUCCCCCCUCUCCUCCUCCUCCCUCGCCUUACCCCCCUUCGCCCGCUCCGCCCUACCCCCCUUCACCCGCUCCCCCUUCGCCUGCGCCGCCUAGCCCCGCGCCGCCCUCUCCGCCUCCCCCUCCUUCUCCUCCUCCCCCCUCGCCCUACCCUCCGUCCCCAACGCCUCCGUCUCCGGCACCGCCUAGCCCCACACCGCCUUCGCCUCCUCCCCCUCCUUCUCCUCCUCCUCCCUCGCCCUACCCACCCUCUCCCGCUCCCCCUUCGCCUGCGCCGCCCAGCCCCGAGCCGCCCUCUCCCCCGCCCCCUCCCUCGCCUGAGCCCCCUUCGCCUGCUCCACCCAGCCCCGCGCCGCCGUCGCCCCCGCCGCCGCCCUCACCUCCUCCUCCCUCGCCUUACCCGCCCUCGCCCGCGCCGCCGCUGCCUCCGAGCCCACCCCCUCCCUCUCCCUAUCCUCCGUCCCCCGCUCCCCCUUCGCCUGCGCCGCCCAGCCCCGAGCCGCCCUCUCCCCCACCUCCUCCCUCGCCUGAGCCUCCUUCGCCUGCGCCACCCAGCCCCGCGCCGCCGUCGCCUCCUCCUCCGCCCUCACCUCCGCCUCCCUCCCCCGAGCCGCCCUCUCCCCCACCUCCUCCCUCGCCUGAGCCUCCUUCGCCUGCGCCACCCAGCCCCGCGCCGCCGUCGCCUCCUCCUCCGCCCUCACCUCCGCCUCCCUCGCCUUACCCUCCCUCGCCCGCGCCGCCGCUGCCUCCGAGCCCACCCCCUCCGUCGCCUUACCCUCCCUCCCCCGCUCCCCCUUCGCCUGCGCCGCCCAGCCCCGAGCCGCCCUCUCCCCCUCCUCCUCCCUCGCCUGAGCCUCCUUCGCCUGCUCCACCCAGCCCCGCGCCGCCGUCGCCCCCGCCGCCGCCCUCACCUCCUCCUCCCUCGCCUUACCCGCCCUCGCCCGCGCCGCCGCUGCCUCCGAGCCCACCCCCUCCGUCGCCUUACCCUCCCUCUCCCACGCCGCCUUCCCCUCCGCCUCCUCCCUCCCCGCCUCCUCCCUCACCCUACCCCCCGUCACCUGCGCCUCCUUCCCCGCCAAGCCCGCCCCCUCCGUCUCCCGCUCCCCCCUCGCCGGCGCCUCCUUCCCCUCCUCCGCCUCCCUCCCCUCCUCCGCCCUCGCCUGCCCCUCCCUCGCCCGCUCCCCCGUCCCCUCCAAGCCCGCCCCCGCCCUCUCCCGCUCCUCCCUCUCCCGCGCCGCCCUCGCCGCUGCCUCCUUCACCUGCGCCGCCCGCGCCCUGCCCUGCGGUGUGCAUCUACGUGGCUCUGCUGCCCGGCCCCGCGGUGCUGUUCCCCUACGCCUUCAACGCCGACACGUGCGCCUCCAUCGGCGACUCCAUCGCCUCCGACAUCACCGAGGCAGCGCAGGCCGCCGGUCUCAACGUGUCCACGCCCUUCACCCUCAGCGCCUGCAUCGACAACCUAAUCAAGGUGUGCGGAGAGUUCUCUUCGAUCGAGGACGACGUGGUGUCGGCACUGCAGCCGUUCGUGGAGAUCCAGGCCGCCGUGUGGCGUGAGCUGGUGAGCGGCAGCAGCAGCAGCGGCACCUGCGCGCCCUUCCUCUCCGGCUACUCCGUAGUGGUGGCUGUGGCGGGAGACAACGGCGAGGUGACGCCUGACACGGACGUGAGCGCCCUGCUGACCAGCCUGCCGCCCAGCUGCCUGCUGGCCACCGACAGCGCCGGCUGCUCGCCCGAGGACACCGGCGGCAACUUCCCCAAGUGCCAGUGCAACACCUCUCCGCUGUCCACCCGCUACGCCGCGCAGCCCACCAUCACCACCCUGCCCGGCCGCCGCCCCGGCCGCACCAACUACUGCUUCCAACUGGCACUGGUGCAGCCCAGCAAGCCCAACACCUUCUGCGCCAACACAAGCAGCGUGUACAAGGUGGAGUGGUGGGCUGACGACACCAAGCGCCGCGCCAUCACCGGAUUCGGCGUGCGCCCCGGAAACGUGCCCGCCUCCACACCCCUGCGAUACGCUUCCGUUAGCUGGGGCGCUGUGGGAGAAGACACGGUCAAGCUGACGCCGCUGAACUGGAACAACGACCAGGUGGACGGCGGCCUCGUGUGCCUGGAGCUGGAUGGCGCCAUCGCACCCACCCUGGGUGACUUCUGCAUCUCCUCUACGCAGUCCGGAGGCGAGGCCACCGGCAGCGGCACUUGCUGGCUCAAUAUUUUCGACACCUCCAAGAAGUGCUGCCCCACAUACAACGCGGCCCAGCCCUAAGAAGGCUGGGGCGUGCACAGCAGCCUGCAGGAGGCGUACCAUGCUGAACGAGUGGGCAGCAGCCCACGCAAACACAUGGGAGUAACCUGCCACCGCAAUCUGCGGCAGCGAAGAUCAUAUCAAGGAGCAGGAACAGAUGGUACUCCGACUCAGCAGCUGCUGACCCGUAUUGGUGUACAUACUGUAUGGAUGUGUUCGGUACAAAUGCCGCUACAUACAUGGUGUCGUAGGUAGAAGCAAGGCCCUAACGCGCUCAACCGCACGUUACGCUUGGGCGUGCGGGCAAGCGUGUGUAUGUGGUGUAGUAGAUUAGAAUAUGCGCAAGAAACCCGAGCGAACGAGACAAAUGCACACAUAGUUAGGGGUGGUGGGGCCCCAAUGCAGCAAGAUCUUCUUGCCAUGGGCCUCUGAAUGAGUAGGAUGAGUGGGGCCUGACACGUGGAUGUGUCGCCAAUAGGUGUCACUCCGUCGUACUGCACCGAACUGCAGAGAAAACGGGACCGGUUUUUCGCGCCGGCGUGCAAUGCAUGCAGGCUUGGGCACGAGCGUACGGUACCUGUAGAGAGGCCUAAUUCGUUAGAUAGUAUGAAAGUUGCGCGCAGGCUGGCGUAUUGUUUUCCUCACUGCUUUCUCUUCCUUGUCCCAUGGUCUGUCCCACAUAGGGUCUCUUCCAUCUCUCUCUCAUAUUUUACCUCUUUUCUUCACGUCUGCUUUCUAUUGUGAUACGUGGGUGCACCGAGUUGGCACUGCUGGGGUGUGAGAACUCUUGGAAAUGCGUCUCCAAAUGCCAAAAGUAUCGGGUCCUUCCAUGUAUGCCCUUCCAUGCCGGUACGACGGCUUCGGGCGAAUCAGUGCGGAUACGACAUCCUGAGGGCCUUGGCACCGCUGCUGUAAACAAUCGGAUCC